AUGAAUAUCCUACAGCAACUCGCCCAGCUCCUCGAUCGCCCAUUCUUCCCCUGGAAGAAGGUGAUCGUGGGCUUUUCCGUCGGGCAGUAUCUCAUCGAGGGAUUCCUGUCUCUCCGACAAUACAGGGUACUCCAACAGACGAAGCCGCCAAAGGUGUUGGCGGAGGAGGUUUCGCAGUCUGUCUUUGAUAAGAGUCAGGCAUACGGACGAGCAAAGGCCAAAUUCGGUUUCGUGUCCAGUCUCUAUGGCCAAAUCCAGAACCUUGCAUUCAUCUAUUAUGACGCCCUUCCCAAGCUGUGGGCUAUAACCGGCCUCCUCCUCACCCGCUACAUGCCCGCACCCUUUACGGGUGAGAUCUCCCAUACGCUAGCUUUCGUCUUUACAUUCAACAUCAUCACCACGAUCCUCUCCCUGCCCACGUCGUACUACAACACCUUCGUCAUCGAGGAGAAAUUCGGCUUCAACAAGCAAACCAUCAGGCUAUGGGUGACGGAUAUGCUCAAGGGACAAUUUCUGGGUAUCGUACUGGGAGCACCAAUUAUCAGCGCCAUCUUGAAAAUCGUCAAGAAGACUGGCACCAGCUUCUUCUAUUACCUCUGGCUGUUUGGCAUCUUUGUCCAGCUGUUCGCCAUUACUAUCUACCCAAUUGUCAUCUUGCCGUUGUUCAACAAAUUGACACCGCUGAAACCUGGGAAUCUCAAGACUGGUGUUGAGGAUUUAGCUAGGAGACUCAAGUUCCCUCUCAAAGAGCUGCAUGUGAUUGACGGAAGCAAGAGGAGCGCUCAUAGCAAUGCGUAUUUCUAUGGCCUCCCGUGGAAGAAGCAUAUUGUCAUUUACGAUACCCUGAUCGAGAAGAGCGAACCUGAGGAAGUCGUUGCGGUUCUGGGACAUGAGCUGGGCCACUGGAGUCUUAAUCAUACUACAAAGCUGUUUGGAAUCGCUCAGUUCCACAUGUUCUACAUCUUUGCCCUUUUCUCCGCCUUUGUGAACAACAAAUCGCUGUACCAGGACUUCGGAUUUGCCAAUGAAAUGCCCAUUAUGAUCGGUUUCAUUCUAUUCUCUGAUGCGCUUGCACCUAUGGAUGCUGUGGUGAAGCUAUUGAUGAACGUUCUAAGUAGAAAGUUUGAAUUUGAAGCUGACGCAUUUGCCGUGAAUCUCGGAUACUCCACUGAGCUCGCCAAGUCGUUGCUCAAGCUCCAGAUCCAAAACUUGUCCACCAUGGACGCAGAUUGGAUGUAUGCCAGCUAUCAUUACUCCCACCCAAUUCUUCCAGAGAGGCUUGCUGCGCUUGGGUGGAGCGGGGGGAAGGUGACUGGAGGGAAGAAUGAAGAUAGCGAGAAGCCAGUAAAGACUGCUGAUCGGGAGUUGUAG